AUGCCUAAUACAAUAAAAAGUUUGAGAACUCGUAAUGAAAACAAGAGAUAUGCUGGUUUGCCAUCUGAUCUUCCAGUUAGUGAUCUUCCAACUUAUAGGCAAGUGGUUCAAUAUUCCUACUUUAUUUUAAAAAACAUAAACAGUGUCAGAAAUAUUAAUUCUCCAAAGAUUGUUUCAAAAGUUGCCAGUGACCUUAUUGAUCUGUGGAUUAGAGUAAAUCCUAAGCUGCCUCUGAUACACGAGAAGUCAGUAACCAAAAAAUGUUUUAGACUUUUCAUCAAAGUUUUGUCUGCAGAAGGCAAAUUCAAAAAUUCAAAUAAAAACAAGGAGUAUCUUGAUUGCAAUUUUGAGCGUUUAUUUGAUUUGUCAUCAUGUAAUUGUGGACUUCCAGUAAUAGCUUGCAAUGAUAAAUCUGUGAAGUGUAGGAACCAACCAGAUUGCAAGACAACACAUUUUGCUUGUUUCUGUGAAGUUAACAAAAAGGUACCACUAUUAGAUAGAGAAUAUUUGAAGGAUCAAAAAUUGAAAAUUGGAACUAUUGGAAGAUUUCAAAUUUGUACGAUUGAUAAAAAAGCAGUUGUCAUCGAAAAAAGAAAGCGAGACCGUGAAAUUAAUCAGCAGAUAAAAUCUGCUAACUCACUUGCUCCAGAAAUUCAAUGUGAUCAUUAUAUGGAUUGUGAUUUAGAUAAUAAAAAUGACUCAGAAACAGAUCCUGACUAUUCGAUAACUGCACCAGCUGAAAGAAAUCAAACUUAUUUAACAAACUUGGCAAAAGCCGUUAUUAGGUAUGAAAUAAGCGAUGUUGCAACAGCUGCAUUGGCAACAGCUGUAUUAAUUGACUAUGGAAUUGUUAAAAAAAGUAAUAAAACACAAAUAAUAACAGAAAAAAAAAUUUUUGGGGAAAAAAAAAGAAUCAGCAGUAUUAUAAGCUCUAAACAUUUAGCUGACGUUAAAGAAUUAGAGGUUAUUGGAGUUGAUGGAAAAAAGGACAAGUUUACAUUGAUACAUUCUAUCAGGUAUAACAGUAAUGGAGAUCCAGUUGAUGUUGCUGCAAUCAAAGAAGAAUACCAUCUAACGUUUACAGCAGAGAGUGGACCCACAUCACAAAGUUAUUUGACUCAUGUAGUUAUACCUAAUGGAAUUGGUGCAACCAUGGCAAAUGCUAUUGCUAAUGUUUUGUUGAAAUUUAACAGUGUUCAGAGUUUAAUUGCGGUUAUUUUAGAUAAUACAAGUUCAAAUACAGGUUGCGAUAGUGGUUUGGUUGUUAAACUUGAAAAAAACAGCCAUUGUUUCAAUUUGUACCCAUAAAGUCAGAGGUAGAGUUAUUUGUUAGCAAAGAGAUUAUAAGUGAUCUUAGUACAGACCAGCGCAAACUCUAUGAGUAUUGUGUUGGUAUUUCAAAAGGUUUUAUUUCUGAAAGGUUUGUUUAAAAAAAACCAGGACCAGUUUGCCAUGUCAGAUGGCUAACUUUAGCACUCAGAAUUAUGAUGUUGUAUGUUAGGACUAAGGAGCUAUCUCUUGAGCUAUUAGCAGUAACUAAGUAUAUUGUGCAAGUUUACUGUGUAAUGCGGUUUGCUAUCAAGCACUCUGGACAAUACAAAGAUGCUUGUCUACUCCUAUAUAAAAAUAUUCAGUUGGUCAAGCUUCAAGAAAGCAGGAUUCAAAGUUUCGUUUUUACCAAUCUCCAGGGAAAUUCAUACUGUUGUUUGCAGGAAAAUUUUCUUUACUGCAUGCUGCAGGAUGAAAAUAUACAUAUAAGAAAUCGAGCUCUUAACCAAAUUCUUAUAAUAAGAAAAUUAAAAGAAGACAUAACUUUCAAAACUCAGCUUAAACCAAAAUCGGUAAUGAAAAUAAAUUUUGAUGCUGGUUCUUGGGACUUUCUUGUUUCAGUUGAUGAGAUUCAAAUUGAGCCACCAGCAACAUAUAGCAUUACUUCAGAAAAAAUUAGAGAGGCAUUUGAAUCUGGACAAAAACUUUGCCUAAUUGAUUUUCCUAACAAUUCGCAAUCCGUUGAAAGAGCAGUAAAACUAACCUCUGAAGCUGCUAAGCAGGUUUAUGGUCUAGAAAAAAGACACAAAUUCAUUUUGGCAAAGAACCAAAGUCGAAAAGAGAAUAAGAGAAAUGUAAAAAAACGUGAUUAUUUUAUAAAAUAAAUAUCUAAUUUUGCAA